AUGUCUGCUACUCAAACGAAAGCCAAGGCAAAAGAGCAGGCCCGUUACUCCAAAGACAAGAAAGUCGGAGAAGGUACAUAUGCUGUCGUGUACGUCGGAAAGCAGGUCAAAAGCGGAAGACAGAUCGCCAUCAAGGAAAUCAAGACAGGCCUCUUCAAAGAUGGUCUAGACAUGCUGGCUCUUCGAGAGGUGAAAUACCUCCAGGAGCUUCGCCACAAAAACGUGAUUGAGCUAAUCGAUGUGUUCAUGUCGCUGGAUAAAAACUUAAACUUGGUGCUUGAGUUCUUGCCUUGUGACUUGGAGGUGCUCAUCAAGGACCAGAGCGUCGUGUUCAAAUCGUCCGAUAUCAAACUGUGGUUGCUAAUGACGCUUCGAGGUAUCCACCAUUGCCACCGUAACUUCAUCUUGCAUCGAGACUUGAAGCCCAAUAACCUUCUUUUGGCGCCAGACGGACAGUUGAAGAUUGCCGAUUUUGGUUUGGCUCGAGCCUUUGGCAACCCAAACGAGGAUUUGACUUCCAAUGUGGUCACGCGGUGGUACAGAGCCCCUGAGCUUCUAUUCGGCGCCAAACAUUAUACGGGAGCCGUCGAUGUGUGGUCUGUGGGUAUCAUAUUCGCUGAGCUCAUGCUUCGAACACCAUACCUUCCGGGCAAAGACGACUCCGAUCAGCUUGAUGUGACGUUCAAAGCAUUGGGCACGCCCACUGAGCAAACGUGGCCGAAUGUCUCCAGCUUACCGCUCUACAAUGCAUUGAGGGUCUACCCUCCUCCAUCGAGACAAGAGCUCAGAAACAGAUUUAGCGCUGCUACCGAGAAGGCUUUGGAUUUGAUGAUUUCCAUGACCCAGCUUGAUCCUUCUAGACGGUGCACGCUGACACAGGCGCUUAUGCACGAGUACUUCACGGAAAUACCGUUGGCCACUGAACCUGAGGACCUUCCCACCAAGGGCGGCAAAGAGAAUGGCGAUAAGAGGCGAAAGCUCAAUUGA